AUGAGUUCGCCAAGCCAGCGAGGCCGCCCUCUUCGCAGGCCCUCGCUGCUCUCCCUGGAUGAUAGCCAUCACCACUACCCGCUGGCCACCCGCACCGGCACUCUGGCUUCUCUCAUCCGAAGCCGCUCGCAGCAGAGGCUCAGUGGGGGUGGCUCCUGGCCGCCGCCCGUGCACCGCCUGAGUUCAGACGAUGAGGAGGCGUCCUGGGCGCGCCAUGAGGAGGAUGACAUCGAAAGGCUCCUGAGGGACGAGACUCGCCUCGGACAGGUCCUCAGGGGUCCCCAGGUGCGAAGCAUGAACCUCAUUGGCAAAAGCAACCCGCGGUAUCGCUGGGAGCGCUACUGGAAGCAGGAGGAUGAGCUCGAGGCCAUGAAGAAGCCGCUUCGCGAGUACUACGAGCGGACCAACGAGCUUAUCCAGCAAUACAUGUACAUCGAUUGCCUGCUGGACUCGUCAAUCCCGCACGACCUGCUCAACGAGUACAACGCCGAGUUGGAAGCGUCUGCCUUCCGGCCCGUCGACGUGCCCGCCACCAUCAGCGAGGAGCCCAGCUUGUCCCAGUCCGCGUCUGCCUCCCUUGACCUGAACGGGCCCGGCCCUGGGUCGUACGGCUCCAUUACUCCGGCGUCUAAUGGCAACACGGGGAGCACCAGCCCGAGCGGCUCGAAGCCGUCCUUGCCGCAGAAGCGCACGCCAAAGGACAUCUUCCGGUCAUCAGAAUCCCUCCCGCUCCUCAAGCACAUGGACGAUGAGCCUCUCGAGUCUCCCGCCUUACCAUCAGCGGUCGGUGAGGCAGGGCCACGGCCGUAUCUCCCAUGGCUGGAGGAUGCCGAAAUCGACAGCGACGACCCCGUCGUGACCUUGGCCAUCUGGGUAAAUCUGGUCGCCAAUGUCAUUCUUCUCGUGGGAAAAAUUGCCGUCAUUGUGUCCGUCCCAUCCAUGUCCGUCCUUGCCAGUCUUGUCGACGGGGUGCUCGACUUUCUCAGCACAGCCAUUGUCUGGACCACGACGCGACUCAUCUCAACAGGUCACAAGGACCAGCAUCAGUAUCCCGUCGGGCGUCGUCGCCUGGAGCCUGUAGGCGUGCUGGUGUUCUCGGUCAUCAUGGUCACGUCGUUUGUACAGGUUGGCUUGGAGUGUAUACAGCGCCUGGCACGGCCAGAGCAUGAGAUCCUGCAGCUCGGGCUCCCUGCCAUCAUCAUCAUGAUCAGCACCAUUGUCAUCAAGGGCGCAUGUUGGGUCUGGUGUCGCGUUGUCAAAAACUCGAGCGUCCGCGCCUUGGCCGAGGAUGCCAAAACGGACGUCAUCUUCAACAUCGGAUCGAUCCUCUUCCCAAUCAUUGGGUUCUACGGCAAGAUCUGGUGGCUCGACGCGACGGGCGGCCUGCUCCUCUCCUUCGUCGUCAUCAUCACCUGGAGCCAGACCUCGGCCCACCACGUCCGCAACCUGACGGGCUUCUCCGCCCGGCCCGACGAGCGCAACCUCCUGCUGUACCUCACCAUGCGGUUCGCCACCGCCAUCCGCCAGUUCCAGAACCUCCGCGCCUACCACGCGGGCGACAAGCUCUUCGUCGAGGUGGACAUUGUCCUGUCGGCCAUCACGCCGCUCAAGGACAGCCACGACCUUAGCGAGGUGCUGACGUACUUUCUCGAGUCCGUGCCCAUUGUCGACCGGGCGUUUGUGCACGUCGACUACGCAAGCUACAAUGCGCCGACGCACAUGCUCAAACAGUCGGCCACGUGA